AACAGAAGCCUUUAGGACAGAAACUUCUAUGACCGUGCGAAAGGCAUUCAAGACUAGAGCGGAACACGAUUUCACAGCCUCGUUUCCGGGGGGGAUCCGAGCAAGGGAUGUAAUCGCCGGAAGUGAUGUAAAUCUUGUUGUCUUGGAAACUAAGCCGCUACUUUAUCCUGUCAAGUGAUGGCGGAGGACGGCCAGGCCACGGUCCUUUCUGAGACUUCAAACUUGAGAAAACCACGUGUUAAAAAAGCUCCAGACCUUCCUAUCUUGGAAAGACGAAACUGGCUUAUUCAUCUGCACUAUGUCCAUAAAGAUUAUGAGGCUUGCAAGGCUGUGAUUAAGGAACAGCUCCAGGCUACAGACGGUGUGUGUGAAUAUGCAGUCUAUGUACAAGCAUUGAUCCUAAGAUUAGUGGGGAAAAUCCAGGAAUCUCUCGAACUUUUCCAAACAUGUGCAAUCUUAAAUCCAACCAGUUCGGACAACCUGAAACAAGUAGCUCGAUCUCUGUUUUUGCUGGGGAAGCACAGAGCAGCCGUUGAGGUUUACAAUGAGGCAGCUAGACUCAAUAAUAAAGAUUGGGAAAUCUGUCACAAUUUGGGAGUCUGUUACCUGUAUCUAAAAGACUUCAGCAAGAGUAAGGAGCAGCUGAAUCUUGCGCUUCAAUUGCACAGACAAGAGCUCAGCGCCAUGAUGUUGGGAAAGGUUCAUCUUAUGGAGGGAGACACGGAGAGUGCUAUUCAGACCUAUUUGCAGGCACUGCAGUUGUCUCCGGAGAGCACAGAGUUGUUAACCACACUAGGACUCAUGUACUUACAGAAUGGUCUGUAUCAGAAAGCCUUUGAGUACCUUGGGAAUGCUCUCACGUAUGACCCUAGCAAUUAUAAGGGAAUACUAGCAGCUGGCUGUAUGAUGCAGUCACAUGGGGAUUACGAUGUUGCCCUUAGUAAGUAUAGAGUCGCUGCAUCUAGUGUUCCAGAGAGCUCCCCACUAUGGAACAACAUUGGAAUGUGCUUUUAUGGGAAGAAGAAAUAUGUAGCGGCCAUCAGUUGUCUGAAGCGUGCUCUGUACCUUUCCCCAUUUGACUGGAGAGUGCUCUACAAUCUUGGGCUUGUUCAUCUCAGCAUGCAGCAGUAUGCCUCAGCUUUCCAUUUUCUGAGUGCAGCCAUCUCCCUACACCAUGGAAACGCAACACUUUACAUGCUUUUGGCAGUGUCGCUUACAUACCUGGAAGAUACAGAGAAUGCCAAGAGCUCAUACCAACAAGCAGCUAAUCUCGACCAGACAGACCCCCUUGUGAAUUUGAACUUUGCAAUUCUGCUGUAUAACCAGGGUGAUAAAAAGGGAGCCCUGUCCCAGUACCAGGAGCUAGAACGCAAAGUCAGUGUUCUCAGGGAGACUUCAGCUGAAUUUGACCCGGAGAUGGUUGAUAUGGCACAGAAGUUGGGGGCUGCUUUGCAAGUUGGAGAGAAUCUAGUGUGGACCAAACAGACAAAAGACCAGAAGGCCAAACAGCGUGCAGCAGUGAAAGGUCCUAGCACAGAGCAGACCCCACUGGGCUCUAAUCAAGCCCUAGGAAGGGCGAUGUCUUCUGCGGCCGGAUACAGUAAAGCUCCUACUCUGCCCGCAGGCUCCAAUGCUCCAGUCUCAAAACCUCCAUCUCUACCUCUAGAACCAGAGGAUUCUUCAAAUUCUGGUUCUACCACAGAAUACAGAAGGUGACCCAGUUAACUGAUAGAACAUUAAAGGACAACUGUAACAGUUACUCUGUAAACACAAUCAGUGGAAGGACUCGGGUGCACAGAUAAGAGGUUAACUAGCUUUUGCUUUGGGGGACUUGAGACUACCAUGUACUAAAUGGUCACAACUUGAUUUAGCGAGUUCUUUGUAGUUCUAGAUCUACAUAUGUAUGAUUUUUUUUUUU